AUGUUGCAAGGUCGUUGCGGGGGACGAAGCUGUUCCCUAGUGGAGGGCACCCACGAGGGAGAGGAGAAACACUACAGAUAUGAAUCUUUGGGGGAGGGACAAAACGAGGACGAUAACAUGAUGGAACAAUACCCUUUGGAAGGUGUUUAUGUUGAGUGGUUAAAUGGAGAGUUGGGGAGGAGCUACUCCGAUGAGAUGACCGCGAACAAAUGGGACAACUACACGAAGGGGGUUACCUUUGGGGAGGAUAAUCAAAAGAUCGUAACACAUUAUACGUACGAACAGGUGCGCAACAAAAACGAACUGAGGAAGGAACAAACCAAAGUGACCCUCUUUAGCAUGAGCAGGUGUUUCAAAUUAGUUAACGACGGGGUGUUUCUGCUAAAGAUGGCCUAUCAACUAGUUGGAGAGACAGAAUGGAAAAAUAUACACCAAGAGCUAGUUCACAAAGUAGCAUUUAUUUGGCUACUCUCUUUGUAUAUCACUUCUUAUUGUACUUUUCACCUUCGGAAGUACUUCAUUUUAAAUAUGAUUCCGGAGGAGCAUCACGAUUUGUUUAGUCUAUUUGGUGUGUUUAAGAAGGUAAUGUAUUUUCGGUGGGAUGAAAUCUCCAUUUUGUGUUUCUACAGUAGGAUGGAGAGGACAUAUAUGAUUAUGACUAAAUUUCUGGAGGACAUUCCUCAGUUUUUUUUGUAUCUCUUGUACGUUUGGAUGAACGGGGGAGAUGGUGUAUUGCUUUUCCUUUUUUGUGUAGUAUGUUACUGGGUUCUUUACGUUGUGAUACGUGUGGUUUAUCAGGGGUUGCGUUACCCGGUGGUUGGGGCGACGGUGCGUUUGUUCCUUUCGGCUUCCCUGCCGGAGGACGCCUUCAUCGAGUGCGACGCGGCGCCAACGAAUAAGUUCUUCUGUCUCUACGCUGGGGCCGUUUUCUCUGUGUGGUCCCUUGUCGCCUUGGCGACGGUGCCCCUCGUGGGUGCCCCCUGGACUGCACUUAUCUAUGUCCAAUGCGUAGCCCUGUUGCUCGUGUCGAUGGCCUUCCUGUUAUCCUUCGUGUACUUCCACUUUGGUGCGAAGCAAAGAUUUUACCUAAACCCUUACUACUGCCUAAGGGGAGGAUGUGGAGUGGCAGAAUGGGAAUUGGGGUGA